GCUGCGACCGUUACAGCAGCCGGAGAUCACUGCAGUGCAGCAGCCACCUUGUCUCCUCACACACACAGCAAACAUGGAUGAAACGACGAUACAAGUCAACGGCUGUCAGACUGACCCCCUCUGCAUGGGCCCAUAAACAUGUCCACAGAUGACAGUAUCUCUGAGGAUGUGUCCAGCUCGGGGGCUUUGAGCCAUUGCCAUGCCAGUGCUGACGGGGAUGGGGGUAAGGAGAGUGAGACCUCUUUGGUGUCCUCUGAGGGGACAUCAGCCUCGGGGCUGGCUGUCUCAGAGGACAGACACACAACCUCCCAGACAACAGGAGGCACUGUGGAGAGCAGGCCCAUGGACAUCACACCAGCAUGCAACAAGAUCAGGAGUUUGUGUCUGAGCACAGAUGAAGCAUUUGAACAAGGGAAGAGCCUCCCAUUCAUCAACCCAAGCUCCCUCGAGACCCUUAGGGCUUUGGUGCAGGAGAUCCAGAGCAGCGGCGAGACAGACCCUGAGAUCUGGAAGGAUUGUGAGGGCCGAUGGUUGCAUCUGUUUCAGCUGGUUGAGAAGCAAUACCAAGAGCAAAUACUCGCUCAGCAAGAACAAUACCAGUGCCAAAUACAGUUGAUUCAGGAUGAAAUUAAGGCCCUGGUUCAGCUCCAGAACCGCCAGGCCAGCUUCCAGGCACACACAGAGUUCUCUCCAACUCCGGUGACCAAAACUACCACAAACACAAAGGACUAUAUUUUUCCCUUACUCUCCAGUGACUGCAAAAAUGUAGCCAGUGACAGUGACAGCCUGGCAGCCCCUGCCCAUACCCCUUUUAGCUCCCCCUCACCUCCGCUCCAGAGAUCAGAGACCGCCAACCAGGGGGAGGAGCGGGCGACCACAGUGCUCAGCAGUGGGUACGGAACGCUCUCUGCUUGGGAAACAAGCCUGGAGCCUGCUGGGUCUCCGGGGAAAGAUGAGGAUGGUAGUCAAGGGAGGGAGAAGCAUCAUUGGUCCCCAAACUUCCAGGAAGUCACAGAGACAGCUGUGAUCGGGUGCCAGCAGGAUUUUUCCAAUGAGAGGACUCUGGGAGUAGAGGAACCCAACACAUUAGUCUACCAGCAGAGAACCUCUGGCACCAGCCAGCUUUUGACCUCCUGGGCCCAGAGGCAGAAACUCAGGCCCAAGAAGAGCAAAGCAGGACAAGUUUCCCCCCAAGUUCCCGAGUACCAGGAGCAGCCACGCAGCCUCAGAGAAUCCCACAAACAAAACCCCCUGGAGAGCUCAGACUCCCAGGACCAGCAGCGACCGCCCGGGCCGUCGUCCAGCUCCUUUCCCCUGAGGAGGAGUGACAGCCUGAUGUCUGAGGCAUCAGGCCUCACUUACUGGCGUCUGAAUGAGAGCGAACUGUAUCAUCCCCUACCAGACAGCUUCGAUAGUGGCGCUUACCUCCUUCUGCAAGAGGCGUCCGUGAGUCUUACUCCGUCUCAGGAGCCUCGGCUGUCUCUCAAAGAGAUUUAUCAGAACAAGCAAAGAACAGACUGUAAGCGCUCAGACUGGGAAGGCUCUGUUACAUCCAGUCCUUCGUCACCACAGGUGUUAACUUUGGAUCCAGCAGCUAACCAGCGGCAGUCAGAUCGUACCUCCGGCUUCACUUCGCCCUCUCACUUCAGCAGCCCUUCGUUUGCAGCUCAGCCCCACCUCUACCCCAGAGUAGGGACCCCUGUAACCCCGGACAGCAUGGUGGAGGGCAGCCACAACCCCGGAGAUACAGACUGUAUCUCUGAUACCUCCAGUGUUUCAGCUGCCGGACCUUCCCCUUCUAAGGUGCAAAGCAUGUGGGGAAACACAUCCCAGGCAGUCCUGUUUACCUCCCAGGAUAAGACCCAGCCCUGCUCCCACACAUCCAGCCAGCAACGCAGAGCCAGUGCCCCCUUAGCCAGUGAGGAGGAGGGCAGUCACACCCACACCAGCACCCUGAAGCCUUGUUCAGCCUCUGGUGCCACUCUGCGGCCUGCAGUCAGUCCACACAUGGAGAGAGCUUCAUCACUAGAGGAUCCUGUUGUCCUUUCUCUACUAAGGCAGAACCUGAGAGAGAAGCACUCUCGACACGUGGCUGAUCUGAAAGCAUAUUAUGAGUCUGAGAUCCAAAUCCUGCGGGACAAACUGAAGCUCAGAGAUCUGCCCCAGGAUUUAGAGAAGAGCAACCAGGCCCUCUCAAAGAGGUGUAAGCAACUAGAGAAAGCUCUGGCUGAGGCCACCAGUCGUAUUCAAGAACUAGAGGCAACAAACAGCUCGCUGGAGAAAAAACUGGCAGAGUGGCCGGAGCGGUAUGCCGUAGCUGGAGCUACUGUGAAAUCCUUGCAGCAGCGACUAGAAGAAAGCAAACGCUCGGGCAAAGAUAAGGACACGCUGGUAGCACGCUUGAAGACCCACGUACGGCAGCUGGAGGAGACGGUGCAGAAAUCCGGCAGGGAGGCAGACGAGAAGGAGGCCAGGAGGGAAAGAGAGUACAAGAUGCUGCAGGACCUGCUCGGAGAAUACGACUCUCUGGUGAAGGAACACGAGGGAUUGAAGAACAACCUGGUGUCAACAGAGAACAAGCUUUUCGAUGCCACUGAGCAGAUAUCAGACCUGAAGAGAGUAAUCUCUAAACUGGAGUCUCAGGUGAAGCAGCUGGAGCACGAGAACCAGGCCCGGGCACGUUACGCUUCCCACAGUAACACGCAACCCUCUGGGGCCGGUCUUUUCCACCAUCCUGACCUGCUGCUAUCACCCAGUAAAAGCAAGGCAGAGCCAGACGUCACCCGCAGGAAGUCACCAUGUCCUCUAUCAGACCAGAUAAACAGUGGCAGAAGAUCUCCUUUCCCUCAAACUAACCAAUCAAGUAUCCACAAGAAGUCACAGUAUUCGUUAAAUGAUCAAACAUCGGGAACUGGAAGCUCUGUGGACGCCUCAUCAGCUGGUGGAAGCUGGAGGUGUGCGUCUCCCCCGGAGUGCGAACAGUCUCUGCCUCAGCCCAGACACCAGGAGCAGGGCGCCGGGCAGCGGGAUGCCGGUCGUAGAGAGGCGUCCUGUGCCCUGACGCCCAUGAUGAGGGCCCUGAUAGAGCUGGAGGAGACCAGAGCGACAGAGAGCCGGGCCCCCUGUAAGAACAGCUCCACCACCCACAGGGUCGGCAAUCAGAGGACCACAGUGGGGUUUGUGGAGCGGAGGCACAAAGAUGUGAUUCAGGAGCGAGCGGGGCUUCAGGCUGACAGGGAGGUGGUCAAACCUGGAGGAGUUGUGAGCAGAGCUGAGCGAGGAGGAGGAGGAGGAGGAGGGGGAGGAGGGAAAAGUCUCAGCGGAGCAGAAGCAGCUACAGCUCUGCUGAGAGCUCAGAGGAGUUUGUCUCCGGAGGGCCACAGAUCCUCCUCCCUGCCUCCUCCGGCACAUCGAAACAUACCCCCGACUACGCCCACAAAGAGAGAAACUUUACUCAUGCCGCUGUCUGCGAAGUCGAGUCCUAAACGCUGCCCCACUGAGAACUACUCCACUGCGUUCGGUCGCCCGAUGCCGAGAGAGGAACACCUGCACAAAAGGUUUGACGGAGAAGUCGACCAGAGACGUCAUUCGUUCCACAUCGGCAGUCCCAGGAAGAGACUCCAGUUUAUGUCAGCGGACAGAGAAGAUGACCUCCAGCAUCCCUCCGGCAGCGUGAACCCGCCUGAGGGAAACUCCCAGCUGGGCUGGGAGGAGCAGGGAGCCUGUAGUGGAUCUGACCCGCAGGACUCCUACGAGGACUCAGCCCCACUUCUCCUGGACAGACUCCACUCGCUGGCUGAGGCCGAGAAACUGUUUGACGAGCUGACGCAGGAGAAACUGCAGAUUGAGGCAGCUUUGAGCCGGAUGCCUGGAGCAGGAGGGCGAGUGAGUCUACAGACCAGGUUAGAUGAGGUGGCCUUAGAGAAUCGUCUGGACAGAGUGAAUCGUGAGCUGGGAUCCAUCCGCAUGACUCUGAAGAGAUUCCACGUCCUCCGCUCCUCCGCCAACAUAUAGCAAUGUCUGUCUUUUUACAUCACAGUGUCGAUGCUACAGACUUAGUGUCUUGGUUUUAUACACUGCACUGAUUGUUUUCUGUGCCAUAAGUCCACCUGUACAGCAACUCCACGGCAUCUUUUUUAUAUACGUAUUACUUAUUACUCGGGGAUAUUUUUUUAUUUUGUAUGAAAGAUAUAUUGCAAUUUUUCUGGAGUAUAUUUUUAGUAACACACAGAUUUGUAAAAGUCGUUUACUUUUUUAGUCACAGAAAAUAUUAAUAUGAUAUGUUUUACUCGCCAUAUUCAGGUGUGGAUUUUUAAAAUCAGCCAUGUUUGAGUGUAAAUGUGAACGAUUAAAAAAAAAAAGACGUUUCCAACAAAGACAUUCAUCCACUUGGGAAAUAUCACUGCCAUUUUUAAAUGUUUUUUUUCCAUUUGACAUGACUUAAAAUGUAUUUAUUUAAUGUUUUUGUACGUCAGAUUUUAAAUUUUGGUGCAUUUUACACGUUUGCUUUUAUAAGUAGGUCGUUGUUUGUUUGUUUGUUUGUUUGUUUUGGGCCAAAUUUUGUCGAACUUGAAGGAAAUGUUUGUUUACUUGAAUCAAAAAUCGCCUUUUUUUCUUCUUAUACUUUCCAUUGCUACUUUGUCACUUUGUUUGCUUUAUGAUUUUAAAAUUUGCUACAGGACUGGACCCUCCAGAUCAGAACCACUUGUACAAUCCAAACCAGCACACUUUCAGUACAACACACACACAUUUUCACACCGUCGGUUGUUUCUUGUCGAGCGAUGCUUGUGCAUGAAGGUGCACUGCUUCCUUUUUGCCAUGCAGUUUUCCUACCUGACAUGAACUUCACUGGAACUAUAAUGUUGUUGUUGCACAAUAAAUGAAGCUUUUUU